CCCUGUGCAGCCACCUCCCUACCGAACACCCCUAAAUUCCUCACGCUGACCCGCACCCGCUAGGCACCAGAGUACCAGGAGCGCAGGGAAUCACCUCUUUCACCCUGACCCUGGAUCAGCGCCCACCUGCCUGCUCUGAGGGCGCCCAACCCUUUCUCACUUCCUGGGCACGAUGCCCGGUUGAAGGGACAGUGCCUGGCGAGCUGGGAGGGGGGACGAAGGCGGGACCUAGGCCACUUCUUCCCUCCCUUAGAGUCACAGUCAAAAGCUUGGGUGAGGACAAGCAGACUGCGGUGGGUCGAACCCUACAAAACUCGUAGGUCAGCAAGCAAGGCGAUCUUCCCAGCGGCGCCUCCCCAAUCUGUGCCCCUAGCGGUACACGGAGGUCUGAAAGUUCGUGAGUCCGGUGGAUCCCUGGACACACUGGGACUCGGGAUCAACGCAAAUCAUGCACUCAGAGAGUGCUCCAAGGUUCCGGGUGCUCCUGCUGCCUAUCCUGCUGCUGCUCCUGGCCAUACCGCCUGUGGUUAGCAAGGGCUGUGUCUGCAAAGGCAAGGGCCUGUGCGUCUGCGUGGGGACCAAAGGGGAGAAGGGGGAGAAAGGCUUUGCUGGGCCCCCUGGUUUACCUGGCCAGAAAGGAUUUCCAGGUCCUGAAGGCUUGCCUGGACCACAGGGACCCAAGGGCUCUCCAGGACUUCCAGGGCUCACUGGCCCCAAAGGCAUCAGGGGAAUAACUGGAUUACCAGGAUUUUCAGGUCCUCCUGGACUUCCAGGCAUCCCAGGUCACCCUGGGCCUCCCGGGCUGGCUGGCUUACCAGGAUGCAAUGGUUCUAAGGGUGAACAAGGAUUCCCAGGCAUUCCGGGGACACCAGGCUAUUCAGGGCUCCCAGGUCCUGAUGGUUUGAAAGGACAAAAAGGUGAACCUGCUCAAGGAGAAGACAGGGAAUUCAAUGGCAAAGGUGACCCUGGGAUUCCAGGGCCUCCAGGCUUCCAGGGUUUUCCAGGCCCCCCAGGUUUUCCAGGGCCUGCCGGUCCACCUGGUCCUCCAGGAGAUUUUGGUCUUCCAGGUGCCGCGGGACCCAGAGGACCAAAAGGUCAUAUGGGUGAUAACGCCAUCGGACAAAAAGGAGAAAGGGGUGUGAAAGGAUUGACAGGACCUCCUGGGCUGCAAGGAACAGUGAUUGUUACACUCAUCCACCCAAACAACACAUCGGACUUCAAGGGGGAGAAAGGAGAUACGGGAGAGAUGGGUGAACCUGGGCGUCCCGGACCCUUGGGGCCACCUGGAGACUCCUAUGGAUCAGAAAAGGGUGUUCCUGGAGAACCUGGUCCAAGGGGAAAACCUGGAAAAGAUGGUGCUCCUGGCUUCCCUGGCACUGAGGGAGCCAAGGGCAACAGGGGCUUUCCUGGGUUAAGGGGUGAAGCUGGCAUUAAGGGAUGGAAAGGAGACAUUGGCCCUCCAGGAUUCCCUGGUCCAACAGAAUAUUAUGAUGCGUACCUGGAAAAGGGAGACAAAGGAAUGCCAGGCCCACCUGGGCCCAAAGGUGCUCAUGGCCCACAGGGUCCUAGUGGUCCCCCUGGAGUUCCUGGAAACCCUGGUCUGUCAAGGCCUGGCCUCAGAGGACCUCCUGGAUGGCCAGGCUUGAAAGGAAGUAAAGGGGAGAGAGGACCCCCUGGAAAAGGCACUGUGGGCCCUCCUGGACCCCUGGGCUGCCCGGGUUCACCAGGUCCACCAGGCCCACCAGGACCUCCAGGACGUCCAGGUGACAUUGUUUUUCAACCCGGACCACCUGGUGAUCGUGGAGUGCCAGGCAAUAUAGGACCUCCAGGAGACCCAGGAAUUGGCGGGCCGAAAGGAGAACCAGGCCUUCCGUGCACAGAGGUCCAUUGCAUCCCAGGACCCCCUGGUCUCCCCGGAUUUCCAGGAUUAGAUGGUGUCAAAGGUACCCCAGGAGGACGAGGUGCACCUGGCAUGAAAGGAAACCCAGGGUCCCAUGGAAGCCCAGGUCUCCCAGGAUUUGAAGGAUUCCCAGGGGACCAAGGGCACCCAGGACUGAAAGGAAGCAAAGGCGAAACACCUCUACCCUGGGGGCAAAUGGGUGACCCAGGCGAACCUGGGCUCAGAGGCCUGCCAGGGAGAAAGGGCUUCGAUGGAAUUCCUGGAAGUCCAGGAGCAAAGGGAUCGCCAGGACCUAGAGGUGAACCGGCCCUGAGUGGAAGGAAAGGGGACCAGGGACCUCCAGGGGCUCCUGGAUUACCUGGACCUCCGGGACCCCCAGGACCAGCUGGACCACCGGGCUACGGACCUCGAGGAGAAACAGGUCCAAAGGGAACGCCAGGAGUUCCUGGAGCCCCGGGACCACCUGGAGAAGCCGGUCUUAAAGGAGAACCAGGCAUAUCAACACCAGUUCCAGGUCCCCCAGGACCUCCAGGGCCCCCUGGGCAGGCCGGUCGCCGAGGUCUACCUGGUUUGCCUGGACCUGUGGGAAUAUGUGAGCCUGGUCUUCCCGGACCUGAUGGUGAACCAGGGCUCCCAGGAAUUGGACUUCCUGGGCCUCCAGGACCUAAAGGAGAUCAAGGUUUCCCAGGAACAAAAGGAUCACCUGGUUGUCCUGGGGAACCGGGAAAGCCAGGCCGUCCUGGAGAACCAGGCCACCCAGGAGCCAAGGGAGAACCAGCACUAGCCAAGCCUGGGGAACCCGGAAAGCCUGGCUUUCCAGGAGAAAGAGGCAAUCCUGGGGAAAGUGGAGAAAUUGGACUCCCUGGGCCUCCAGGCCUCUCUGGACCUCCAGGAAAGGAUGGACCUGAUGGACCUCCAGGAGACCCAGGACAGCCUGGACCGCCUGGAGCAAAAGGAACCCCAGGGCAGUGCACGCAAGGACCUAAGGGUGUCCAAGGACUUCCGGGCCUAAAUGGAUUGAAAGGGCAACCAGGUAGAAGAGGUGAUACGGGGCCGAAGGGAGACCCUGGCAUCCCAGGCUUGGACAGGUCAGGAAUGCCUGGAGAACCAGGCCCACCAGGAAUGCCAGGUCAUCCUGGUGAGAUAGGACCACCUGGCCGGAAAGGAUAUCCAGGAGCUCCAGGAUUCCCAGGACUACCAGGCGAGAAAGGAGAGGUUGGGAUGAUGGGCUAUCCUGGAACCACUGGUCCUCCGGGGUCUCCUGGGAAACCAGGUUCACAGGGGCAGAGAGGUAACCUUGGAAUCCCAGGAAUAAUGGGGGAAAGAGGACGCCCGGGAGCCAAAGGAGAACGAGGAGAGAAGGGGAAACCUGCACCUCCCCAAAUUCCACAUUUAAAGGGGGACAAAGGAGAACCCGGACUCAAAGGAUUUGUAGGAAAUCCGGGUGAAAAAGGAGACAGAGGCAUUCCAGGGUUACCAGGUCUAAAAGGCUUCAAGGGACUGCCUGGGCUACCAGGCCCUCCAGGCCCUAGAGGAGAUGUGGGACGCAGUGGGAAUCCUGGAGGACCAGGGCCAGCUGGCAUGCCGGGAAGCAUGGGGAACAUGGGUGUGCCAGGCCCUAAAGGGAGAAAAGGAACUUUGGGACUACCAGGUCUAGCUGGAAGACCAGGCCUUCCAGGGAGUCGCGGUCCCCAAGGAGAUAAGGGGGAGCAAGGUCAUUCAGAAGAUGCAAGGCCAGGACCACAGGGACCAAAGGGAGAUCCAGGAUUGCCAGGUGACAAAGGAAAGAAAGGAGAGAGAGGCCCACCUGGGCCUCCUGGACAAUCGGGACUUGCUGGACCUGAUGGAGCCCCUGGGAAUCUUGGAAGUCCUGGCCACCCAGGGAAUCCAGGACCUGGUGGUGAUUUGGGUCCUCAAGGAAAGAAGGGCUUCCCAGGCCUUCCAGGAAGCACUGGUCCCCCAGGCCCUCCAGGAUUCCCAGGACCUCCUGGACCAAUGGGUAUGAGAGGUAACCAGGGCCGUGAUGGAAUUCCUGGUCCACCCGGAGAAAAGGGAGAAACAGGCUUGCUGGGGGCCCAUCCAGGCCCAAAAGGGAGCCCUGGUGUUCCAGGUGUCAAAGGGGACAAGGGAACUCCAGGCUUCCCUGGCCUCCCCGGCAGGAAGGGGACCAUGGGAGAUGUUGGACCUCAAGGACCCCCAGGCAUCAGUGGACUCCCAGGACCACCAGGUCUACCUGGGGCAAUUGUCCCUGGCCCAAAAGGAAACAGAGGUCUUCCUGGCCCAAGAGGAAGUCCAGGAAAGCCAGGUCCCCCUGGACCUCCAGGACUUAUCAUAAAAGGCAUAAAAGGUGACAAAGGAUUUAUGGGCCUACCUGGUCCCAAAGGUCUACCUGGAACUGUAGGCGACAUGGGCCCACCAGGUCACCCGGGAGCACCGGGUAUCCCAGGUCUUCCAGGUCUCAGAGGUGAUCCGGGAUUUCCUGGAUUUCCGGGCAUAAAAGGAGAGAAGGGUAAUCCAGGAUUUCUUGGAUCAAUUGGACAUCCAGGACCCAUUGGGCCGAAAGGACCACCUGGUGAACGUGGAAAACCUGGUACACGUAAGAUCAUCUCCCUUCCAGGAAGCCCAGGGCCACCCGGUCCACCUGGACAGCCAGGAAUGAAAGGAGAUCCUGGGUUACUGGGACCACCCGGAAUCCCAGGGCCCUGUGGACCGAAAGGUAAACCAGGCAAGGAUGGAAACCCAGGAUCUCCAGGAGCAGCUGGUGAAAGGGGCAACAAAGGCUCUAAAGGCCAGCAAGGACCACCUGGAUUAGAUGGAUUGCCAGGCUUAAAGGGAAAACCUGGAGACAGGGGAACACCUGCCUCUGGGACAAGAAUGCAAGGAUUUGUCUUCACCCGACACAGUCAAACCACAGCCAUUCCUUCAUGUCCUGAAGGAACACAGCCGCUCUACAGUGGGUUUUCUCUUCUUUUUGUGCAAGGAAACGAACGUGCACACGGACAAGACCUUGGCACUCUGGGCAGCUGCCUGCAGCGAUUCUCCACAAUGCCAUUCUUAUUCUGUAACAUCAAUAAUGUAUGUAACUUUGCAUCACGGAAUGAUUAUUCAUACUGGCUGUCAACACCAGCUCUGAUGCCAAUGGACAUGGCUCCAGUUAUGGGCGGAGCUCUAGAACCCUAUAUUAGCAGGUGUAUGGUCUGUGAAGGUCCGGCCAUGGCCAUAGCUGUUCACAGCCAAACGCCAGCUGUCCCUCCAUGUCCCCAUGGCUGGGUUUCUCUCUGGAAAGGGUUUUCCUUCGUUAUGUUCACGAGUGCCGGCUCCGAGGGAGCAGGUCAAGCACUCGCAUCACCUGGCUCCUGCCUGGAGGAGUUCCGAGCCAGUCCAUUUAUAGAAUGCCAUGGACGAGGAACGUGUAACUACUAUUCAAACUCCUACAGCUUCUGGCUGGCUUCGUUAAACCGAGAAAGAAUGUUCAGAAAACCUAUCCCAUCAACUGUGAAAGCUGGAGAUUUAGAAAAAAUCAUAAGCCGCUGUCAGGUGUGCAUGAAGAAAAGACACUGAAGAAAUCAAAGAAAAUAGAACCACCUUUUUCCUUCUUGAAUAGCAAAGUCAUGGCUCAGUACAGGGAUUUUACUUAGGUCUUUUUUUCUCUAAUCUUGCAGUGUUGUUCAGAUCUGGUAGUGGCACAUUUCACCACACCAGAAAGCAUUCCAUUCAAGUUAGUCUGUGGUGUGGGUCUGUAAACCUGUGUGGUUUCAAAGUUCCCUCUAGGAAGGCAACAGCUUUCCACAAAAUAUCACUGAAAUCACAUUCCGCUUGUACACAAAGCACUGACAAAAUGAUGUCUGUGUGGAGCUUGAACUGCAAGCUAAGGGAGAGUUGGUCCAGGGGAUGUUCAACGUGUUCCUUGUCUCCCACUUUGACCUAAGAAAUUUGGUUUCUUCCCACCUCCUUUCUGAGACCGUAGACUUCAGCUAGCUAAGGAAAUGAGAUUAUACAGUACAUGAGCCCAUCAUAACCAGAACUGGAUAGUCAGACCUGUUGAGAUGUACAAUGCCCGAGAACACACAUGGAUGAGGAUGAGGUUCAUGAUGUUUCAGGACUUAUUUAAAUAUUCCCAAAGCUAGGACCAAAGGAAACUUCCUGAAGGGAAUUAUAAUAGGCUUUGAUAUAAUGUAUGGGCUUUUUUUUUCUGUUUUGUUGACGAUGUCUAUUUGCUAUUAUACUAUGGCCAUAGAUUGAAAGGGGAUAAAAUGUUUACCCUUAGGGGAUUAAUUUUUACUAGGAUGUUAUACACUGAAAUAUUUCUCAAUAUUGUUCUCAAUGUACUCACAAGUAACAAGGACACGAUUUACUAAAUGUGCACUUUAUCCCCAUUCCUAUAGAUACUGGCCUUAAAGAAUUUCACUAGUAGUUCAAUAACCCAGGGAAAAAUGAGAGACAUUUGCUGGUGUAUCAGACUCCAAACAUUUUUCUUUGAUUGAAAUAGUUCAUGACAUGAUUUUACAGAUUUGUUCCUUUGUUACUUUUCUAACUUAUCCUUUGGAAAACAUUACACACACACACGUUUUUGUUAUAUAUUCUCACCAACCAUGUGGAGAGAGAGACCACUGGGUGUAAACCUUACUGUAUGUCUUAAAACUUGCUUUUAAGUAUAUUGAUACAUUCCCAAGUUUACUUAAUUCAGCCCAACAAGUAUUUUCUUCAGUACCAACCUAUGUCCCAUAUACUGAGCUGGGUCUCAGGGGAAGGUAAUGAGACAGGCUUGUUUCUAAUAUAAUCAUGAGAAGACAACUUAUUCUUUGUGUAAAGACUCCCACACAUGCAAGACCUUCCCUACACAAAGACACACACACACAGACACACACACACACAUCAAAACUAACCAACCAGUCUCAUAUACAGGUGUGGCUCUCCCCUCAUUAUUGUUUUGUUUUUUCCUUUACCACUGUUUCUAUAUUUCAUUACAAUUCAGCAGGCCUGAGAAAAAGUUUAAAAAUAAGAACUAUAAGACCGGUGCAGCAGUUAAGAGUACUUGUUUCUCUGGCAGAAGCCCCUGGUUCAGUUAUGGGUACCCAUACUGGGUGAUUCACAGUAACCUAUAACUCCAGUUCCAGGGUAUCUGAUACCUACUGCUGGCCCCUCUGUGCACACACACACACACACACACACACAUACACACACACUCAGUCACAUACCAAUGUGCACAAAAUUUUAAAAUUUAAAAAAUAAGAUCUAUGCUCAAGAAGUUCAUGAUCUUUAACUUCUUUUAGUCACCCAGAAGCAAAAGCUUGAAAACUAUUAAGAAAACAGAAACAUUUUAUAAAUCAAAUAGUUGUAGUACUCUUUGAUGACUCAUGGAGGCCAGGCAUCCUGAGGCGAAGCUUACAUUUCUUGAUCCACGAAGGUGGAACUGAUGGUGCUUAUAUUUACCUUCAGGUGGGUGCUGGAAUCUCAACUACUCUGUAUUGGAAAAUGUAACCCGAGGACAUAGACAAGGGUUGACAUUCUCCGUAACUCACGUGACAGGUGCCAAGACAUUUUUACACCUGAACGAAGAUGUGCAACAUCUCAUUUCAAUUAUGUAUUUCACCUAACUUUCCUAUUCAAAAACCACCCACUGUCCAUUCUAGCUGUGAAAAGAAGGAACUAGCCUUGACCAGUAUGGCCCCUGAAUAAUCGUAGCAGCAUCAGCCAGGAGCUUGUUAUCAAUGCAAUUCCAGAAUAUUCCAAACCUGCAAAAUUAGAAACUAUAGUUGGAGACCAGAAGUCUCAUUUUGAUGAGAGGCAUUUCAUCAUAUACCCCAGGCUGGCCCCCCAAUCACAAUUUUUCUAUCUCAGCCUCUCAGAAUUUUGUUUUAAAAGUUUUCCCCAUGAUUCUGGUGCACUCUGCUCGCUAGGCAAACAUCCAAGAAACUGGCCCCAACCCCUUGACCAUUGCCUUUUUAAAAAACCCACAGGUGUUUGCCUUUCAGGGAAAUCCAUUUUACUGCCAGACUGGUGCUGAUGUCAAAUGGCUGCCUUCCAUUUGCCCCCAGACCUCUUUUUCCUCUGGUCCUCUUAUCAGUAUUUGACUUCUGGGGGAAAGACAGGCAACACUGAACACGUAAAUCCCAAUGAAGCCGUAUCAACAGCUAUUCAGCCACGCUUCUAACGGCAAGCAUUAAAAUACAGUCCAUACAUAUUACUUCCCAAAUGUCUAUCCGUAAAUUAUGAAGUUAAAAUUUAACUUCAUCUUGCUGGAGAAAUGGCUCAGUGGUUAAGAACACUGACCGCUCCACAGAGGACCAGAGAGUUCCCAACACCCAGGUCAGGCAGCUCACACCUGCCUGUAACUCCAGCUCAAAGAGAACCAAUUGGCCUCCAAGGACACCCAUACAUAGAUGGCAUUCACUUGCACAGGCACAGACACAUACAUUAAAAAUAAACCUUUAAAAAUGCUUAACUUGAUUAACAAAACGUUUGUUUUAAAUUUGGUGCUUCAACUUCAGAAUUUCACAGUGUGCUAGAACAAUCAACUUGUCAACUGCUUGUUUUUGCAAGAUAAACAUUAUUAAUUUAUUUAUAAAAGUAUUAAAAAUGUUUAAAUUUGAAUUUUAUUGUUAAUUUCACAAGGAUUUUCUAUACUUCAAAUGUAACUUACUACCACUAAACUUAAUUUAAUAUUUUCUGUAUAACCAAGUUAAACUUAUUUAAAAUAUAUUGACUAUUUUAUGUUGUUA